AUGGUCUUACAAAAUUAUCUAUUCACUUAUACUGUAUUUACGACCGAAGAUUUUACUUUUAGUUAUCGUAAAAGCAAAUUAUACUGUUAAAAUCAAACUUAUAGUGUAUAAGUGUGAAACAAUAAAUAAAAGAGUUCAGAAAUCAGUGACAGGUGGUUUGACGUUUAUUCGCCGCCAUCGUUAUUAGCGACAGUGAUCUGCCAUAUUGCGCGUGAUAUAAAGAACUGUAAUACAUUUACGUUAUCACAGUUAUAACUUGUGCGUUCGAUACAAGAAUUUACUGUUUAUGUAGUAAUAAUAUUUUAAAGGAAUCCUUAUAAUUCCAUUUGUGAGAAAAUAUUUCACGGUAGUGAGCUGUAAAACGAUAAAAGAUGUCAACUGGACCUUAUAAUUACUCUUAUAUCUUUAAGUACAUUAUCAUAGGAGAUAUGGGCGUAGGAAAAUCAUGUUUAUUACAUCAAUUUACAGAAAAGAAAUUUAUGGCAGACUGCCCACAUACUAUUGGUGUUGAAUUUGGGACAAGAAUUAUUGAAGUAGCAGGACAAAAAAUAAAAUUACAAAUAUGGGAUACUGCUGGUCAAGAACGUUUUAGAGCAGUUACUAGAUCUUAUUACCGAGGUGCAGCUGGAGCAUUAAUGGUCUAUGACAUUACUCGGCGUUCAACUUAUAAUCAUCUUAGCAGCUGGCUUACAGAUACAAGGAAUUUAACAAAUCCAAGCACUGUUAUAUUUUUAAUUGGCAAUAAAAGUGACUUAGAAGGUCAACGGGAUGUUACCUAUGAAGAAGCGAAACAAUUUGCCGAUGAAAAUGGUCUUAUGUUCGUAGAAGCAAGUGCGAAAACAGGACACAACGUUGAAGAAGCUUUUUUGGAAACAGCAAAGAAAAUAUUCCAAAGUAUACAAGAUGGCCGUUUGGACCUCAAUGCAGCAGAAUCUGGAGUUCAACACAAUCCAAGUCAACCAGGCCGUACUAAUCUUCAAGGAGUAUCUAAUGAACAACAGGGUGGAAAAGAUUCCUGCUCCUGUUAG